AUGCCCUCCACGAAGGACUUUUCCCUGGUUUAUGAUGCUCUCAACAGUGCGGGGACCUUCUCAGAAGGGGAUACUCUUACCGGAAAAGUUAUCUUUACCUUAGGAAAAGACACCAAAGUGAAGAAUCUUUUCGUUAAAGUCAAAGGAGACGCAAAUGUACGCUGGACAGAAGGCAGUGGUGAUGACCAAACGACCUACAGCGCACACAGGAGAUACUUCAAAUUAAAACAAUAUUUAAUUCAACAAGACACCACACUACCCAAAGGAGUCCAUCGCUUUAACUUCAGAUUUAAAAUCCCAAUGAGUGACAUGCCAUCAUCCUUCAAGGGGAUUCAUGGCAAGAUUGUCUACAUGCUUGAAGCAAAGCUGUCCAGAAGCUGGCAUAUGGACAAAACAGUACAGACGGAGCUCAAUUUUGUUUCCAGGUCCUAUCCAUCCACUGGUCAGCAAAUGGAGCCCCAGGUUGGCUCAGUGGGAAAAGAGCUGGGGCUCAUCUCCAAAGGGAUGGUCCAGAUGACUGCCACAAUUGACAGAGGGGCUUGUUUUUCAGGUGAAACCGUAACUGUUGUUGUAAAAGUCAACAACUCCUCGUCCAAAAAAGUGACGCCCAAAUUCAUUUUAAACCAGAAAGUGGUGUACUAUGCCAAGGGCUCCACCAACAGCAGCAAGAAAACCGUAUGUGCAAUGAUGGCAGACGCUAUUGCACCAAAGACAGAGAAAACUCUCACCUGUCCUAUGAAAAUUCCUCUUAACCAAGCCCAGACUAUCAAUAAUUGUGACAUCCUUACAGUGAAUUAUUACCUUAAGGUGUAUUUGGACAUCAGUUUUGCUUUCGACCCAGAGGUCAACUUUUUGCUGGUCAUCCUUCCUCCUGGUGCCACUGUUCCCCUGCAGCCAUUUGGAGCUGUGGGUGGAGCUGUGGGUCCCAACCCACCUGGAGCGUUUGGAGGCCCGAGCAACAGCGACUUCCCUCCCCCCUUUGUCCCUGCUGUGCCUUACCCUGUACCCCCAGGUCCAGGCGCUGAUGGAUACCCAGCAGCCCCAGGUCCUGCUCAACCGUCACACAUGAGAGGUGGUUACAGCAAUCAGAUGCCACAGCCAGCCUCUUCAUAUGGUCCUCUAGCUCCAGCUGUCCCAUCACAGUCAGUGCACAACCCAUUCCCUUCUGCUCCACCAGUGUUUCAACAGGGAGAAGCACCUCCAUCAUAUGUGUCAAUUUUCCCCACCUCCAAUGAGCCUCACACACUGUCAAAUACAUAAAAAUAACUAUAUUGCUAAUAUGUGAUUUAUUCACAUGCAUUCGUGUAUUUGUGCUCAGAUGAGAAAUGUUA